AACCUAACACUGUAAGCAUUUUUUCAAGCCUCGCUAGCAUAACAUGGCCACUCGAGAUCCUUAUCCAUAUCCAAAGUUAGAAAACGACAAGAACUUUACAAAGACGCCACCAUUAGAGUUCCAAAGAGGGGAUACCCUAUACCUCAACCCAGGAGAGAAAGACCCAUGGUCUAGGCUCAAUGAAUCCACAACACUUUCCAGCUACCGUAGACAGGCUUACUACUACGACCCAAAGGCUCCAAACGACAAGCUAGACUUUGUACUAAAAUGCCAAUACAACCAUAGCGAAGAGUUCCUUAAGUCCCAGGCUCAGACACUCAUGCAACCAGAAACCCUUAAUCUUCCUCACGGACGAGUAUUAAAGAAUAGGCCAGUAGCACCCAAACCAUUGACACUAGAAGAGAAAGAGCUAGUGACGCACUGCGAUCCACAGAAAACCACUGUCAACAGUGCUAAAGGGCUUGCUAUUGAGAGCCAUCACUCCGAGGCAACUAAUCGUGGGUUUUCGCGAAAGUCUGACGGAGGCUUCUUCACAACUUGAGAAGUUAUAAAGAAAAGAUGAAAGUGGACACUAAACUACGUCUGA